UUUAGAUUUAAUAAUUAUGGAAUCCAAUACUAUUAGUGUCACAACUGUUCAAACUACUCCUUAUACAGACCAGAAGGCUGGUACUAGCGGACUUAGGAAGAAAGUGUCAGUUUUUAAACAAGAAAACUACCUCGAGAACUUUGUUCAAUCCAUCUUUGAUUCUCUUAAGGAUGAUGAAGUUCAUACAAAAAGUCUUGUUCUCUCUGGAGAUGGUAGGUAUUACAAUGAUAUUGCAAUCCAAAAGAUAGCCAAGAUGGCAGCAGCAAGAGGAUUUGGGAAGGUAGUCAUCGGUCAAAAUGGUCUGCUUUCUACUCCAGCGGUUUCAGCAGUCAUUAGGCAACUUAACAAAGAAGUAGAAGGAUCUUGCACAGGAGGAAUAGUAUUAACAGCUAGUCAUAAUCCAGGAGGUGAGAACAAUGAUUUUGGAAUCAAGUUCAAUUCCUCGAAUGGUGGUCCGGCUCUUGAGAAUCUCACAGAUGCUUUCUUCUCGAGAUCAAAAGAGAUUUCUGAGUAUAAAUAUGCUGAGCUUCCUGAGAUAAAUCUAACCGAGAUUCACCAAGAAAAUCCUGUUCAAGUGGAAGGAUAUGAGCAUGAAUUUAUUGCUGAAGUUAUUUCUUCAACAGAUAUCUAUGUCUCUCUUUUAAAAUCACUCUUCGAUUUCGACUCUAUCAAGGCUCUAAUGGCAAGGAGUGACUUUAAUUUUGCCUAUGAUGGCAUGAGUGGAGUCGCAGGUCCCUAUGCAAGAACAAUAUUCGAAGAGGAAUUAGGAGUUCCUGCUGAAAAUCUUUAUGGGUGUGAUCCUUCACCUGAUUUUGAAGGAGGACAUCCAGAUCCAAACCUAACAUACGCUGAGAACUUAGUCAAAGUUAUGGGAGUAACUAUAAAAGGAGCUAAUGUUGCUACUGACACAACCCCAGAUUUUGGAGCUGCAGCUGAUGGAGAUGCUGAUAGAAACAUGGUUCUUGGAAAAGGAUUCUUCAUUACUCCUUCAGAUUCUCUUGCAAUUAUCACUGCAAAUCAUGGUGCAAUCUCUUACAUGAAGGAUAUCACAGGUGUAGCUAGAUCAAUGCCUACAUCAGGAGCUGUUGAUAUAGUUGCCAAAGAAUUGGGAAUCGAUGUCUAUGAAACCCCAACAGGAUGGAAGUUCUUUGGAAAUCUCUUAGAUGCUGAUAAAAUAGUCAUUUGUGGAGAAGAAAGUUUUGGAACAGGCUCAAACCAUAUCAGAGAAAAGGAUGGAAUCUGGGCUGUCCUUGCCUGGCUCAGCAUUAUUGCUCACAAGAACUCCGAAACUACUGAAGGAAAUCUUGUAUCAGCUGAACAGAUUGUAAGAGAUCACUGGAAGAAAUUUGGAAGAAAUUAUUACUCUAGAUAUGACUAUGAGAAUUUAGAGACUGAAACAGCUGACAAGAUAUUCGAAACUUUAGAAUCUAAAAUGGAGCAAUUCAGAAACGAAGAAGAAGGAAAUGUUGCAGAUAUCUUUGAGUAUACUGACUCGGUAGAUGGAAGCUCUUCAAAGAAUCAGGGUUGGAGAUUCAUGUACAAAGAUGGCUCAAGAUUCAUCUUCAGAAAAUCAGGAACUGGAUCCUCAGGAGCCACCAUUAGAAUCUAUCUAGAAAGCUAUAACAAGGAUAACACAGAGCUUGAGACAGCAGAAGCACUCAAAAAUUUAUCUGAAAAGGCUCUCGAAUAUUGUGAAAUCAAUGAGAUUAGUGGAAGAGAAGGUCCUACUGUAAUCACAUAACUUAUGGUUACUUUCAAUAAACCAACAA